AAGGAAGAGGAACCAGCGAUGGAGCGCGUUCCACUGACACAAAAUGAUAAAAGAGGCGUUAAUUUAGAAUUCCAGAUUUAACCUCGAGGAUAUUCCUAAAACCCGGAAUUAUCCAUCACCAGCACCACCCUGUUCUGUGUUUUACCUUAAUUAACCAAACACAUGCAUUCUUUCUAUAUCCCUUUUCUCCAUCCAUAGUUCCAAUUUCCUUUCCCAUAACCAUUUUCUAUUUUCCUUUCCUCUCCUUAUUCUUCUUCUCCUCUUUUCUUCACUUUCUCUCUCCAUCCAUCCCUCCCUCCCUCCCUGGACCGAGUCACGCGGCGAGGAUCGGCAUGACUCGGCGGUGCUCCCACUGCAGCAACAACGGCCACAACUCCCGCACGUGCCCGUCGCGGGGGGUGGGCGCCGGAGUCAAGCUGUUCGGGGUGAGACUGACGGAUGGAUCAAUCAUAAAGAAAAGUGCCAGUAUGGGAAACCUUAACCUCGCCUCCACACACCACCAUUCUUCUCCUUCUUCCUCCAACCUCGCCGCCUCCUCUCCCAACCCAAGCUCUCCCUGCUCCGACCCACCUCAUGAGCCCCAAGGUUACUUGUCCGACGACCCCGCCCAUAUCUCCACCUUCGCUAACCGCCGCGGUGAAAGAAAAAAAGGUGUUGCGUGGACUGAAGAAGAGCAUAGGCUGUUCUUAAUUGGUCUCCAGAAGCUGGGCAAAGGAGACUGGCGUGGCAUAGCACGUAAUUUUGUCGUAACAAGGACCCCUACUCAAGUAGCAAGUCAUGCCCAGAAGUAUUUUAUCCGACAAAGUCAUGCUACCAGGAGAAAGAGACGUUCCAGCCUUUUUGACAUGGUUCCGGAUAUGACUUCAGAUCCACCUUCUGUGCCAGAAGAACAAGUUCUGCUUCCACCUUCUGAGAACUCCCAACCUUGUACUGGAAAAUCGCAGCCUUCACUAAAUCUCUCCCUCAAAUCAGAAUUUGAACCCAUGGAAACUUCUCAAGAAAACAUGGAACAGACCAAUGAAACUAUGAUGGGAUCGAACGUACUGACAUCAAUGGCUCCUCAUGGAUUCUUCCCCACUUAUUUACCUGUUCCAUUUCCCAUAUGGCCAUCAGCUGCAGCUCCUUUUGAAGAAGUUAAGGGAGGAGAGACAUCCCAUCAUCAGGUCCACAGGCCAAUCCCAGUCAUUGCCAAGGAACCUGUCAAUGUUGACGAACUCGUGGGAAUGUCUCAUCUCAGCAUUGGGGAAACACAGGUACGUGAUAGAGAGCCUUCCCCACUUUCCUUAAAGUUGUUAGGGGAACCCUCUAGGCAGUCAGCAUUCCAUGCAAAUGCUCCAGUUGGUGGUUCCGAUUUAAAAACUGGCAAGAACAAAGCAAUUCAAGCGGUUUGAACUUUUAAGAACAAGAAUAACCCCCUAAAGCCACUGAGAACUGAGAAAGCAACCUCAGCAAACCUCUCCAAGAUUGCAUCAAUUCCCACAGCCUUGAUUAUUCGACGAUGAGAAAAGGAAAGGAAACAACUGCUAUGCUUUUUCAGGUGCUGUGAGUGUGUGACAUGAAAUCCAUCUGAGUCACUAUGUUCUGCUCCAAUCACGUCCCUUUCAAUGUCAUUGGAUCUUCCUCGAUCGCUUUAGGAAAUAGGAGAUACAGGCAGUGUUUUCUAGUGGUAUGAAAAUGAUCAUGA